ACAAGAAGCCAUUCUCAAAAAAAUCCUCUCUUUUUCUCUCUCUUUUUCUUUCAUCAAUGGCCCAAGUUCAUCCUGAAGCUGCUGCGUUAGAGAUAGUUGAUCUCUCUUCAAAGAAAGAAACUCUGACCAUGUGGAUGAAAUCUCUUGUGAUGCAAGGGAAUGGUUGCACUGUGUAUAAUGAUAAUGGUGAAGUGGUUUAUCGUAUUGAUAACUAUGACGAACAGGAUAGCGAUAAAGUCUAUCUCAUGGAUCUCAAGGGAAAAGUUCUCUUUACAAUCCUUCGAAAAAAAAUAUGGAUGUUUCGAAAGUGGGAAGGGUACAAAAGUAACAUUAAUGGUUUGGAUUUGAUUAUAGACAAACCAUUAUUUCAAGUGACCAAAAAUUGCAACUGGGUACUUAAUCUUGGGCAAGAGUUCUCUUGUGACGUUGCUUAUGAUAACAAUAUUGAGGCUGCCAGUCACUAUAGAUUAGAAGGCUCUUCUGGUACAUCAGCUCUCAGGAUAACAGAUGGUGAAGGAGGAUUAGUGGCUGAGGUAAAGAGAAAGUUGUCAACUUCAGGGGUAAUUUUGGGAGAUGAUGUCUUGAGUUUAAUCAUAGAGGCAAGUGUGGAUAAUUCUCUCAUUAUGGCUCUUGUAGUAGCAUAUGGCUUAGUUCAAGGAAAGAUAUAAAUAUAUUUAUAUAUGUUAUCAAAACCAGAAGAUGAUGCUAUAUAUAUAUAUAUAUAUAUAUUAAUAAAACUGUAAUUGACUCCAAUGAUGUCUUGCUCAUCAAGGGUUUUUCUUACUCUUUGAGGAAGAUAAUAUUGUAACAUAAAUUUAUCGUUUUAUUUUAAUUAUUAUUAUUGUUA